AUGAAUCAGUCAGGCCAGUACGGGACCACUCCGAGACGGUCCAACAACUACGGCUCGCAGCACGACGAACUCCAUAUCUCUCCCACCAUGAGCCACCCCGGCCAGAUGUCCCCGCGAGACUUCACCAACUCCGCCGGCCCACAGAUCAAGCUCGAACAGCCCUCCUCGCAGCCCGUCAACCCCCAGUACCAGAACUCGGGAGUGCCCAACGUCCUCCAGCCCGGGGGACUGGCCGCAUCUCGUCCAUCCGCCAUGAGCGCCAACACCGCUCCAGCCCUGCCGACCAUGUCAGGUGCCAUACAGCACUCCCCCAGCCAAUACGCCUCGCCCUCGAAACCACCAUCACUAAGCCUUUCGUCGCAUGGCUAUUCGAGAUCCAGCCCCGCAGCUCCCUACGAUGCAUCCUCUGGCUACGCGCCCUAUACCCCCACCACGCCUGGAGGCUCAGCUGGCGGUCAGUCUCAGUACAUGUCGCCGCAAGACAUCAAGUAUGGCGCUCCCGGCUCCCAAAGAAACAUCUCCAACACGCCUCUCGGUCUUGCCGAUAUCAGACCACGAGCCGACUCCAGCUUAUCUGACGGACAUCCUGGCACCCACGGAUAUGAGCUCGCCAACCCUCAGUCGUCCACGAGCAACUACAUGGCACCGUGGGCCCUCUACGCAUUCGACUGGUGCAAGUGGGCUCCUCAAGGCAAGAGUGCUGGCAAAUUGGCAGUCGGUAGCUACCUCGAAGAUGGGCACAACUUUAUUCAAAUCCUCGAUACCCAACUCGUUGAUACCCCUUCUGAUGUUUACACCCCUGGUUCGUCCAAAUAUAGUAUGGAAUUCACCAAGGUCGCAGAGGCAACCCACUCGUACCCGGUCACUCGCCUGUUAUGGGAACCUCCUUCCUCGCAGAAGCAGAGCACCGACUUAUUAGCAACGUCGGGCGAUCAUCUGAGGCUAUGGUCUCUUCCAGCGGAUGCCCAGCACAUACACUCGAACUCGAUAAAUAAAUCUGCCAUGGGUACACCCAUCACCAAGCUAACUCCGUUGGCCCUUCUCUCCAACUCCAAGACGCCCGACCACACGGCGCCCCUCACCUCGCUAGACUGGAAUACGGUUUCUCCAAGCUUGAUCAUCACCUCCAGCAUCGAUACGACCUGCACCAUCUGGGAUAUCCCUUCUUUGACCGCCAAGACGCAGUUGAUCGCACACGACAAGGAAGUCUACGACGUUCGUUUCUGUGCCAAUAGUGUGGACGUGUUUGUCAGCUGUGGGCAGGAUGGAAGUGUACGGAUGUUUGACCUUCGCAGUCUAGAACACAGCACGAUCAUCUACGAACCAACUGCCAAGGACGACCGAGACGCGAAUGGCGGCAGGAUCAGUCCAACGCUGGCCCAACAGACCAUGACGAAUGCACCGCCCCUGAUGCGGUUAGCAACAUCGCCUCAUGAUACUCAUCUUCUAGCGACGUUUGCCCAGGACUCCAACGUCAUCCGCAUUCUCGAUGUGCGGCAACCUGGGCAAGCUUUGUUGGAGCUGCGAGGCCACGGGGGAUCCCUCAACUCUGUAGAAUGGUCGCCAAACCGGAGGGGACUGCUUGCCUCGGGCGGAGAUGACAGUCAAGUUCUCCUGUGGGAUCUCAUGAACAGCACACCAGCCACGGGGCCAUCUUCCAACGGCGGUGCUGGUUCGACUGACAAACACCUCACUCCCGUUGCCAGCUGGUAUUGCGACUACGAAGUUGGCAAUUUGAGUUGGGCUCCUCCCCUUCCCAACAGCGAUGGCACUGGAGACUGGCUUGGCGUUAGCGGCGGAAGAGGCGUCUGGGGCGUGAGGAUAUGA